AUGUCGGAAUCAGAGCAGUCGAUGGGAGGCGUCGGUCGGCUGUCUUUGCGGACGACCACCGGGUUCAUGGUGGCCGGGGUGAUCACCUGCUUCGUGCUGUUUGUCCUCGUCUUCUUUCUGUACCUCCGGGCUAAGCGGUACUGGGGCGCUAUCCCGGUCUCCGGCGGCGGGCGCACCCGACUGGCGUUGACGGCCCAGCCGGCCACCGGGUUCGACGCCGCAGCCAUCGUGGCGGCGCUACCUCCGGUGGUGCUCCGUGCUGGGGAUUUGAAGGAGGGCGUCGAGUGCGCGGUCUGCCUCUCGGAGCUGUCGGAGGGCGAGGCGGCGCGGCUGCUGCCAAGGUGCGGCCACGCCUUCCAUCUCGACUGCAUCGACAUGUGGUUCUGCUCCCACUCCACCUGCCCCGUCUGCCGGAGCUCGGCGGUGCUCGAGGAGCCCGAAAAGCCAGAUUCCGUCGCUGAAUCACCGCGCAACCAGGAUUACAGCGGAGAACAGAGUUCGACUUCGUCGGGAUCGUCUUCAGGGACUCCUCCGGGCGCGUUGGUGAUCGAGAUACCAAGAAGCACGGUGGACGAUUUCCAAACUCCAAGUUCGCCACGGCCUGCGAGUAGUCUACCUGAGGAGGCCAUAUCGACGACGACGACGACGACUGCAACGCUGAGGUCAUUGCGAAGGCUUCUGAUUCGUGGGAGCAGGGUGGCCGCCGCUUCUAGUCCCAGAGGACAUGACGUCGAGCAGGAGCGACAUGCUCCGAUCUCGAAAGCACCGACGAGUUCAUGUCACUGA